UCCGCGCGGUCGUCAUCAGUGGCAUGGAUGGGAAAACCGAUUGAGUGACUACCGUUACCUUCGCGAGUCUCGCUGGAUUAUAGCCGCUUUCCAAAUUUGAAAUGUUAAGGACUGGGCUUUAAAUAUCGCCCAUAUUAUCCACACCGUGAACAUUAAUCGUCCUAAAGUACGCGUCUUUUCUCUACUUCUCUUGUUACGUAGCUAGCAAGUUUUGCUCCCGCAACCAAAAUGGCGGACAAUGAAGACGAUAGUAAUUCAGCGUCCAGCUCUGCUGCAGCUAAAAUGGAAAAUGUGGACUCCGGCGGCUCUCUGCAGCCCGAGGCAGCACAAACUGCAGUCGAGGGUGAAAAGAAUCCCCAGGGAGAGAGUAAUAUACCAUGCACCGUGAACCCGUCUGAAGAAGGGGGCGUUGAUCAAGGCCUCACCGAGGUAACAUUAAUACACAGCGAUUCGGGGGUGGAUGUGAACGUUGGGGACGGUAACGUUACUCAAGAAGUGAUCGGGCAAAUAAUGACCGGUGAGGUUGUGACCGAUCCGAGUAUCAUAGCGUCUUAUAUUCAGAGUGCUGCGGAGGCUGGUGUGACCGCUGAAUGCACCACCGUGAGCGGUGAAGUCUUGAGCGCGCUCUCGCCGACGACCACCAUCAUUUACGUGCAGCCUGACGGCAGUUUUGUGGAGAGUUCGGGGUUGUCGGCCGAGGAGCAGCAACAGUUAAUCGAGCAGUUAGCAAAACAACAGUUAGUCCAUGUGGCGGGGAGCGAGGCGGCUUUGAAAUCCACGGCUCCUAUCGUGGACGUGCAGCAGCUUAUAGUGAAUAAAGCGCAGGUGAUCGCACAGGCCGAGACCGCUGCUGCUAAUACAACGAGCCCGAAGACCCUACAGAGAGCUGUCACGACGCAGCCGACAUCGUACAUUACGUUGGAAGCGAGUACUUUGCAGGUGGCAGCGGCGGCGAUUCAACCGCAGCCCGCGAGCGUCGUGCAGAACGCGUCGCAGCAGCUGCAGAGCGCCGCCAAACAGGUCGCGCUGCAGCACUCGCAGAACGGCGCGCAAACGACCAGCCGAAAGGCAGCUGAGCCCAUCCAAAUUCAAGUGCAGACCCCACCGAAGCCAGACAACAAGCAGCACCAGACAACUCCAAUUACAUUUUUACAGCCACAUAAUCUCUCCACAGGUCAGCCGAUUGUAAAGGUAACAACUGUAGGGACAUUGAGCAGCCCACAGGUGAUCCACAUUACGCCUGUGCCUGGACAACAGCAGUAUUUCCUACAAAACCCAAAUGAUCCUCCUAUCCAGCUUCUCCUUCAGAAACCAGCUCCUGUGGUUAGCACCAUUACUGUCCCCAUCACCCAUAAGGUUGUACCUGCGGCUGCCGUGGUCAAGUACCCAUCAGCCAAACCUGCUAUCGUCCCAGCUCCGACUACAAAGAUCUUUGUACCGACAUCCAAACCUGCUGUUGUCCAAGCCAUGCCUACAAAGAUCCUCACGCCAUCAGCCAAACCUGCCCUGGUCCAAGCCACGCCCACAAAGGUUCUUACACCGACAGUCAAACCUGCCAUUCUCCAAGGCACGCCCACUAAGAUCCUUACACCGUCAGUCAAACCCGCUGUUGUCCCAACUCCCCCCGCAAAGAUCCUUGCCCCAUCACCCAAACCCGCUGCUGUCCCAGCAACACCCACAAAGAUCCUCACCCCGCCUGCGAAAGUUUUAUCCCCUCCUGCCAAGAUUACAAUGCCUACCAAAGUCAUAACUGCUUCAACCCAAGCCAGCGGAAAGGAAAAAACGAAAGUGAAGAAUCGAGAGAAGAAGCCGCAAAAAAUCAAGACCCGCUCUGGUCGGGUGUCCAGACCACCUAAGCACAAGGUGAAAGACUACAAGUUUAUUAAAAACGAGGAUUUAGCAGAAAGCCACCAGUCGGACUCCGAUGACUACUCUGAGAUUAGCGUGGAGGAUGAGGAUGGAGAGGAACGCAGGAAGAAGAGCUCGGAUGUGACCCUCAACCUUCGUGACAAAGCCUUUAAAUGUGAAACCUGUGAGAAAGCCUACAUAGGUGUCGCUGGUUUGAACAGACACUAUAAGCUAAAUCCCACACAUGACAAGAACCAGACAGUCUCCCGAGCAGAAGACGAUGCCAACAUUACAGAGGAACAAGCAACAGGAACUGAAAUUCCUGAUUCUAGUCAUGCAAAAGUAACAAGUAUUCAAAAAGUUCAGGAAACUGUGAAGGUCGAAGUCAGGAGACCCGGGCGGCCCAGAGGACCAGGGCGACCUGGUCGUCCUAGAAGGCCUGGGCGACCACCUAAGAGAGGACGUCCAGGACGGCCACCCAAAUAUCCUGGAGGAAUGAGUUUGGAGCAACAAGCACAAAGACAGAGAAAUCGUCUGAGAGAAUUUAUUAAACAGUACGAUGAUGAAGACCUCAUGGAGAUAGUUCUUCCACGUCUAGCCAGAGUCAUGACUGUAUGGGAGUUUGUGUUGAUGAAGGUGGAAAAGGGCUAUCCAUCAAAGCAACAGUUCCCGAGUGUGUAUCGAGAGUUUGAGCAACUACACAGCCAGGUGAAAGAGAUGGCCCUGGAAUAUCUGCAUACUUCACCAGCCAGCCGGCCAGCUAUAGAGGUCAACAACAUGGGGGUUUUACAAUCUCUAGGUAUAACAGAUCCUAAUGCGCUGAAACUCCUGAAUUCCUCAGAAGGGCAACAGAGUCAAAAGACAAAUCAGCCAGAGAUUAGAACAAAUCAAGCCACCAAGAGCCUGCGGAACAUUGAGAAUGCCAAAAUGUUGCCUCCUGCAAAAAGGUUCAAGAUAGAAAACUGCAAUGAGGAAACAAACGGCUAUCAAGUUAACCAGAAUGGCAUCCAGAAGGAUGAGACAGUCGACGUCUCCUCUGUGCUCCGAAAGCCUCAGGUGGUGUUGACCAGACUGGAGAACUUGACUUCUGUAGGUGUAACUGCUGAAGAUGGUACACAGAACAUCGAAAAUGCUGCUUCCCCGAGGACGGAGGAAGAACCGAUGGAAACAGAUCCCCCACCUUCUGAUUCCAACACUACGAAACCUGACGAAGACCCCGAUCCGGAGAUCUCCAAGGUUCUGAACAGCAGCGUGGCUGUCGAUAUCGCAGAUCAGAUGAAACAACUAGAACAGGCUUUGAGCACAGACAUAGAAUGUAAGAACUCCCAAGAACCCCCUCAGCAAGAAGUUCAAGAGGCCCAGGCCGAUGCUCUUGAAGAGCCCGCAGCCAAUCAGGAGGUCCAGCCUGUAGUUGAGCAAGAAUCUCCGGUUAUUAUCCAGACGGCCGAGGGGCUUGUUAUGCAAAGCGCAGAGGAGUUAGCCGCCAAAGGCAUUGUCAUCGUCAACGGGCCCGAUGGCACCAUGAUGCACAUCGAGGCGCCCGAAGGGGUUCCUUUAGAGACCGUUCACGCCCUGCUCGGCAUUGAAACCGACAGAAAGACUUGAUUGAUUCGCAUGAUCAAUUCCUGUUCUUGUCCAUUAAUCGCAACAAGAAUACAUUCUUUCUGUGUAAUGGUGUUUUUCAAUGAACUUUUUAUUGCAUUCUUUGUAAAUUUGUAUAAAAAACAGUAUUAUCCUAAGUGUUUUUUCUGUUUAUAUGAAAAUGUUAGCGUUCAUUUGGAAUUUAAGACCAUGUUGACUUGUGUUGGCAUAUCUUAACUACAAUUUGUUUUUGGAGUCCUUAUCUAUGUAGCUGUUGCAGCAGUGUAACGUUAUUUUUUAAAGGGAUAGAUCACCCAAAAAUGAAAAUUCUGUCAUUAUUUAGCAGAACAAUUACAUUUAUACAGAUUUGGAACAAUCUAAGGGUGAGUAAAUGAUGACAGAAUUUUCAUUUUUGGGUGAACUAUCCCUUUAACGAGAAAGUGACUUAUGAGAAAUUGACACAUUAUAAAUUUUGGAGGGUUUCCUGAUGGUUUCAUUUGGUUAAAGCUAUAGUGCAAAAUGCAUUAUUGGUGCUUAAGAGAAAGAAAUCAGCCAAAUUCAAUUAUGGCAAUAUUCAGAAAUGAAAACACACAAGUGUCUAAAAACACUUUUUAUUUGCCCACACAUUUGUCCAUUUAGUGAAAUAUAUAAAUAACAGUUCCUUUAUGUCAGAGACCCAGGCUAUAGUUGCAGUUCAGUUCAAAUUGAUACCCCAUGAUAGGUCUUUUUAUUCACACAAUUUUCAUUAUCAAUUAUUUCCCUUCAGUUUUGGCCCAAAAACACUAUUUUGUUUUAUACAUCUUAUGGUAACAUGGUGGAUGUUGCUGUUUUAUAACAUGCCACUCCAAACAGCGACAGAUUGCUCUAGAUUUGUAAAAUAAAUGGGAAGACAUGAGGCGCUUGUAGUAUACAGCAGCCGCAGCUAUGUUCUAUUGUUUAUGUUACUUCGUUGUUUGUCUAGUGCAAGUCAUUUGAAAAGUUGUUGAACUAUUUUAUUACUUUUUAUAUAAUCUCUGGUUUACUGUUUUUUUGAAACAUCUCGGCAUUUUUAAUACAAAGGGACAUGUUCAAACAUGACAUUAAAACUUUUGUGAGUGAG